CAGCGAGCGGGACAAGCUGGAGAACGUGCUGCGGGGGCUGACGCCGCGCAAGUCGGAGAUCGGCGACGCGAUGGCCUUCUGCCUGCAGCACGCCGAGGCGGCCGAGGAAGUGGUGGAGUGCAUCGCCGAGUCUCUGUCCAUCCUGCAGACACCGCUGCCCAAGAAGAUCGCCCGUCUCUACGUUGUGUCGGACAUCCUGCACAACUCGUGCGCGAAGGUCGCCAACGCCUCCUACUACAGGAAAUACUUCGAGGCCAAGCUGCCGCAGAUCUUCGCCGACAUCCACGAGGUCUACAAGUCCAUCCAAGGGCGCCUGCAGGCCGAGCAGUUCAAGCAAAAGGUGAUGUCGUGUUUCCGCGCGUGGGAGGACUGGGCCGUGUACCCAGACUCGUUCCUCAUCAAGCUGCAGAACGUCUUCCUGGGACUGGUGCGCAUCAACGACGACGGCAAGGAAGUCUCCGUGGCCAUGGAGGACGAUGGAGACCCGCCCCCCGCCGCCGGUGCCAUCCCCCUGGGCGCGUUGCCCCUACUGAGCGGCGCCGGCGGCGGCGGUGGUAGCGCCGCCGCCGCCACCGUGGCCGCCUCGCUGCUGAUGAGCCUGGGGGUAACGAUGACGACGAUGGCGGCGGCGGCGGGGGCGGAGGAGGUGGACGGGGCCCCCCUUGACGACGACGACGUGGACGGGGCGCCCCUGGAGGAGGAGGAGGAGGGGGGUGGAGGGGAGGGGCCGUCCCGGGCGGGGGGCGCCGGGCCGCUGGACGGGGCCCCUCUGGACGAUCUCGACGGGCUGCCCAUGCAGGCCGGGGACGAUAUCGACGGGCUGCCCCUGGACGAUGCUCUCCCCAAGAAGCCCGUUCUGCCCAUCGCGUCGUCCAAGUGGGAGCGCGUGGACGACCUGGACACGGACACCACCCGCCGCUCCCCCGCUCCGUCGGGCAGCAAGAGGGACGACGACUCGGACGAUGCCAGCGGCGGCAAUGUUGCCGCCGCGGGCGGCAAGUUGCCGCCGGGUUUUGCCACCACGGCCGCCGCCUCUUCCUCCUCCUCCGCCGGCAGUCCCAGCGGAGGUCCCGUCGGCUCCGCUGGGGGCGCUGGCGGCGGCGGCGUCGGCGACCAGGGCAAGCCGGGUCAGGGUGGCGCCGUUGGUUCCGGUUCGUCGGUCAACGAUGAGGCCGCACAGAAGUCGCUGCUCAAGUCCCUGGAGGUGUCGGAGGAGAAGAGAGCCAAGCUGAGGGAGAUUGAGCUGAAGGUGAUGAAGUUUCAGGAUGAGCUGGAGUGCGGCAAGCGCCACAAAAAGGCCGGCCAGAGCAUCCGGGAGCAGGUGGAGCACUAUCGGAGCAAGCUGCUCGCAAGGGAGAGGGAGAAGGAGAAGAAGGAGCGCGACAAGAAGGAUCGCGACAAGGAGGAGAAGCGGAAGGGGCGCAGGGAGGGCGGCCGCAGCUCCUCGUCCCCCACGCCGCAGCAGCAGCAGCAGCAGCAGCCGGCGCCGCAGCAGCAGCAGACGGCAGCGCCGGCAACGCCGUCUGUGCCGUCGUCAUCGUCGUCACGUCGCGAGCGGAAGCGCAGCAGCAGCAGCCGCUCUGGCUCGGAGGAGCGCUACCCCAGCCCCUGCUCCUCGCGCCAGCAGCAGCAGCAGCGGCGCCAGCAGCGACCGCAGCGCGACUCCCCCCCCUCCUCCUCCACCACCUCACCUCCUCACCCCCCUCCCGCUCCGUCCACCGCCGCCGCCACCUCGUCGUCGUCCGCGGCGGCGUCGUCGUCGUCGAGGCACCGCUCGUCCCCGGCACGCUCGCAGCGUUCGCGACGCGGCGACGAUGACACCGCCGCCCCCGCCUCGUUGUCCCGCUCCCCACCCACCGCCGCCGCCGCCGCCUCGUCGUCGUCGUCGGUUCGGGACGCCGCCGGCGUGUCGUCGUCAUCGUCGUCGUCGCGCAAGAAGACCACGCGCAGGUCCCCGUCCCCACGCUCAGAGCGCUCCCACCGGUCCGACAAGUCUGAGCGCACUCGCUCACCCACGCGGAGAGAUUCGCCCAGCGUCAAGCGGUCCAAGCGGUCGCGUUCACGCUCUCGGUCUCCGACGUCAUCGGGGAGGAAGUCUCGUCGCUCACCAGCGGCGCGCUCACCACCUCGCUCGCACAAGAAGUCGAAAAAGAGCAAGCACUAACACGCUCGCUCACCACGUACUCACCACGUACUCACUAACACACUCGCUCACUCGCUCACUCACACACACACUAACACGCUCGCUCACCACGUACUCACUAGCACACUCACACACUCGCUCACUCACCACUCACACACGCACUAACACGAUUGCUCACCACAUACUCACACACUCGCUCACUCACCACUCACACGCACACACUAACACGCUCGCUCACCAUGUACUCACUAACACACACACUCGCUCACCGCAUACUCACAUGCUCACCACGUACUCACUAACACACUCACCACGUACUCACUAACACACUCACACACGCACUCGCUCACCGCAUACUCACACGCUCACCACGUACUCACUAUCACACACGCACUCACUCACCACUCACACACAGACUAACACACUCGCUCACCACGUACUCAACUCAUACUCACACACUCACUCACACACUCACUCACACACCACGUACUCACCUACACACUCAGGCUGUUGGGGCAAGUGCUAUUAGCGCGUAGCACCUAUGAAGGCCGGCACGGCACACGCCCGAACACACUCACACACACGCACACAACAACAACAGCCAUUCCCCUCUAAGUGGCGUUGACGUCACCACGACGCUUGUGCCAGGCUAUGUGCACGUUAAGCCCUUAACGUGCCUUAACACACCCACAUGCGCACACACGCACACACCCACGCACCCACGCAUGCACACACACGCCCCCACGCACACACCCACAAACACCCACGCGCGCACACACAUGCGCACACACCCACGCAUACGCAUACGCACACGCACACACGCACGCACACACACACACGCAGACACACACACGCACACACACACGCGCACACACAUGCGCACACACGCACACACGCGCACACCCACACACCCGCGCCAGUGUUGACAGUCACCCACCCUGUCAUGAACGGUAACCGCGUGAGCAUCUCAUCUCGGACCCCCCACGCCCCCCGCCAAGGAUUAUAAAAGCCAGCUCCCGAUGUUGAACCCCGUACAUCGCAGGCCCUGGUUCACGCUAUUUUUAUAUAAACAAACAAAAAACAAACACCGUUAAAAUGAAAACCUCCCACCCCAGGUUUCUCGUGGUACUCGGGGCGUGAGUAUGCGCGAGGAGUACACGCGCGCACACACACACACACGCUCACGUACACACGCGCACGUACACACACACGCGCUCACGUACACACUACACCCUGUCUCCUUGUCUCCCCCACCGCUCCGCUUGGCUUCACUCAACACAAUCGUCGUCACCGUCACCGCCAUCGUCAUGGCUGUCCACAGCGUUGCAUCUCCGUGGUCCCUGAUCAGCCCAUCGCCACCACCACCGCCGCCACCAUCGCCACGGCCAGCACCGCCAUCGCCACCACGGCCAGCGUCACCAUCGUCACCACGAACACCACCAGCACUACCACCACCGCUGUGAGCACCGCCGCCGUCACGAUAAUGAUGUUGAUCCCAUGGGCUGACUUUUUUUAUAUUGUACAGAGUCUUAUUUUUGUGUAAAUUGGCUGCGGUGCAAAAAGCGGACACAACCGCAGGGCAAGAUUUGUUAAGAAAAUAUCCCCCCCCUACCUCCCUCCCUCCCUACCUCCCUCCCUCCCUACCUCCCCGCUCGCUCCCCCUCCACCCCCUCCCUCCCCUUCCAUCCCCCCUCCCUCCCCUUCCAUCCCCCCUCCCGCCCCCUCUAUCCACCCCUCCCUCACUCCCUGCCCCCCCCAUGUACAACAUUUCCCCCCCUCACUCCCCCAGCUCCCCCCCCUGUCCCCACCCUCCAGCAAGCAACGUGUCCGACACGGUUAAAUCGAACGUCAGGUCACGGGCGUGAUGGUGAUGGUGGCGGUGAUGGUGGUGGUGAUGGUAGUGGUGGGGUAAAAUGUGGCUAACUUCCAAAGGGGAGUUGGGUAGGUGGAAGGUGGGGGGGUGGGUGGGUAGGUGGGCGGCUGUCUUGAGUGCGAAGACCCCGCAGCGCCAUGGCAAAGCGGAGCGGGUGGGGGGGGGCUUCACGAACUUCCAACCCUUUUCAUUUCUCGCGAUGAGCGUGGAUCUCUGCCUCUCUCUGUCUCUCUCCUCUGUCUCUCUCUGUCUCUCUGUCUCUCUCUCUGCCUCUCUCUCUGUCUCUGUCUGCAAACUCUCCCCCCCCCACCCCACCCCUGGUCGGGGAGGUGUCACCCCAGUGUGGUGGAACUAAAAUAAAAAAAAACAGUUUUUGU